GACUCGGCAAGACAGUGUCCGCCGACGGUGGAUUGAGGGUCUCGCCAGACCUAGCGGAUCUAGCGGUAUCAUGUGCGAAUUGGGGCAAGGCUGACAAGAACGACAACCUGCGUAUCAUUGGAUACUACGAUGUUGGAAAUUCUGCCUACACUGGCUACAUGAAAAGAAGGUUUUCUGCUGAAGAUCGAAGGGCAAUGUUCCACAAUGUGAUAAAUCCCAAAGAGGAGUUGUUGGGAGAUGCAUUCGAACUUGCAUUGGGGAUGCUUACACUUGCGAUGAGGCAUCCAGAAAAGUUCCCGAACUGGGGCACCUACAAAGGCAGCAACGCGUGCAUUCAGGGCUUGGAUCGAGUAAUUUCUACAUUCUACAGGCUAUCCCAUGAGUCAGGGAUAGAUGAGAGGAUGGAAGAAGAUGAGGAGGGUCUGGUCGACACCUCUAAUGGCGUGGGAUCUGCCACCGUCAUGCUCGAGGAAACCAGCGGUGAUGGAGAACAACCAGAGGAAGAGGUCGCUGCGCCCCUUGAUCCUGAUCAAGCCUUCCGCAAUGCGAUGAAGGCGAAAGCAAUGGAUGCUCUCCUCAUGUUAUUCGCUGGAAGCAUCGAGGUUGGCAAACGCACAGGUACACUUGUGUUCUUUGCGAAAGCGAUCAACUUUCCUUUCGCCAUUGCGACAUUCAAUUUCCUUCUAAGGAGAAGGGCGUGGUAUUCUUUGGAAUAA